CUGUUGAGGUCGCUGUAAAUAGCUUAUGAGAUAUGGAUCCACUAGAAGAAAACAAUGUCAGCCACAGAUCGCCGGCAAAAGGAGACUAUUACCUGAAGAAUCUGGUACGGAGAUCUCUCUCACUAAUCCUUGAGCCAUUUCAAUGGCUGCAAAUGCUAUCUCGAAGGUUCAAUCCCAGCUUUAUCUUCGGUAUAUUCCUCGUCUAUGGCCUCAACCAGGAAUUUUCGAUCUCUUAUUUCAAGGUCGCUUCCGAUUACUAAUGGAAAGACGUGCAGAAUGCCCAACCAUCUUCCGUUCAGCUUUUCAUAGGUCUGUAUUACAUCCCCUUUGUAAUGAAGCCGGUGUGGGGUUUACUCACAGAUGUGUUUCCGGUAAUGGGUUACCGCCGGCGACCUUACUUCUUGUUAGCAGGAGUAGUCGGUACAGCGUCAGCGAUUACUGUGGCUUUGGGUGGUAAAGUAACGGCGGUGGUGGCAUUGUGUUGCUUGAUAGGAGUGAACGCGGCGGUGGCGAUGGGGGAUGUGAUCAUAGACGCUUGCGUUGCGAAGAAUAGCAUUGAAGAGAGAGAUUUGACGCCGGAUUUACAGAGUCUGUGCUGGUUUUGGUCUCUGAUCGGUUAUUUCACAAGUGGCUUCUUUGUCCAUUAUCUUGGUGCUCAGGGAUCACUAGGGUUGUUGGCAGUCCCAUCGGCGUCGUUGAUAGGGUUGGGCUUUGUAAUGUAUGAAGUUAGAUCAACGGACAUGAUGAAUUCGCACAAGCAAAAGAGUAGAGAUAGAGUGGAAGGAGCAAUGAGGAUCAUGGUUAAAACAAUGAAAUAUCCACAAGUUUGGAAGCCUGCACUUUAUAUGUACCUUUCCUUUGCACUAAACUUUAAUACUGAUGAAGGACUCUUCUAUUGGUAUACCAACCCCAAUGCUGGUCCAGCUUUCUCUCAGGAAUUUGUGGGGAUGAUUCAUUCAGUUGGUGCAUUGGCUUCAAUAUUUGGAGUGGUCAUAUACCACAUUCUAAAGGAUGUUCCUUUCAGACCCUUAAUAUUCUUCGCCCAGCUCUUGUAUGCCUUAACCGGAAUGCUUGAUCUUGUUUUCGUUCUAAGAUGGAAUUUGAUCUUCGCAAUCCCAAACUCAUUCUUCGUGAUUGUUGAUGAAUGUGCCACACGAAUAAUAGCCAGGGUGAAAUGGAUGCCCAUGAUUGUCUUGAGCACCAAAAUAUGUCCACCUGGUAUCGAGGGGAUGUUUUUCUCUAUACUCGCGUGUAUUGAUGGACUCGGGAUACUCUCUUCCAAAUGGGGUGGUGGAGUUGUACUUCAUUUCAUUCGAAUUGAUCGAACCAAUUUUGUCAACCUUUGGAUGGCUAUAUUGUUAAGGAAUGUUAUGAGGUUUGUUACUUUAGCUUUUGUAUUUCUCAUCCCAAAUGUUAACCAGAUUGACGGAGAUCUUUUGCCGAACGAUGAUCCAAUUGUGGUAGCGUUUGAGGAAGAUGAUGAUAGCGAUAACUUACAACUUGUUCCAUUAAAUGACAAAAUUGAAGUUUGAGUUAUGGAGUAAUCGAUGUAUUAUUUUUUGAAUAUGAUAUUAUUUUUAUUCGUUUUUAAAUUAAGGUAGGCCAGUUGUAUACUCGAGCUAUGCCGUGC